AUGCAAGUCUUGCCAUUCGUAACUUUAUUGCUAGGUGUGAAUCUUAUUUUUUCUGGUGAUUCUGCUGGUGAUCGAGUUGCAUAUUUUCAUUCUGAUAAUGGCGGCGAAUACAUUUCCAAAGACCUGGAGCAGUUCUUUGUGUCUAAGGGUAUCAAGCAUACUUAUACAGUUCCUCAUACUCCUCAACAAAAUGGUGUUGCUGAGCGAUUGAAUCGCACAUUAUUUGAGAAAGCCAAGUCUAUGCUUUUAUAUGCUCAUGCUCCUGAAUACUUAUGGGGUGAAGCUGUCAAGUCUGCUAAUUAUAUUAGGAACCGUCUUCCUAGUCGUACCACUGGUGGUGUUGCACCUCUUCAACUUUGGACUGGUAAACCUCCUACUGGUGUUUUUGUUGGGUAUUCCUUGGAUCGUACAGCUUAUCGAGUUCUUCUUGAUUCAAGCAUUGUUGAAGCCAGGAGUGUUUACUUUGAUGAGUCCAAGUUUCCAUUUAUGAAAAGUGAUAAGGACUUGUCUAUUAAUGGUACUGGUGUUGGGUUUAGUGUUGGUUCUGGUUCAGGGUCCAUGUCAGGACCUUGUUUUGAUUCUAAGGGGACUGGUUUAGGAUCUAAUGUUAGGGUUAAUUCUAUUGCUAGUUCUGAUUUAAGUUCUGGUUCUAGUUUUGGGUCUCAUAGAUCUUUACCAGCAUCCUCAUCUGGUUCUGGUUCUGGUUCUGGUUCUAUUUGUGCUUUACCGUCUCCGUCUCCGUCUUCUUCUCCGUCUCAUUCUCCGUCGCCGCCUCCUUCUUCUUCUUCUUCUAUUAUUGUUCAUAAGCCUCGUUCUGUUCGUCGCAUUUUGUCUACACCUUCUGCUCCUCUUGAGUCUCCUACUCUUCCUUCUAUUGCUUCAGUUCCAUCUCUUCCUAGUUCUCCUAUUCUUCCACCUUCAGAUCAUGAUGUCUCUAUCUCUCCUGACUCUAGUCCUAUUAUUUCUUCUUCGGAAUAUAUUCCUUCACAAUUAGACUUAUCUGAAGCUGGUCCAUCUAUUAAUGAAUCUGAUAUUUCAGGUGAUUCUGGGAUCUCGCAACGAGGGGGUGAUAUUGGGUUUCAACCGUCUAUCAUUGCUUCGUCUCCCACUCCACCACCUUCUGUUGAAUUGGAAGUAGUGCCACUUAGUCAAGAAUAUCCUUCGUCUGAUCUUGUUAAUUCUCUUGACCAAGCUGGUGUUAGUGUUGUCACUAAGGAUGAUACUCAAGCUGUUUUGCCUAAAUCUCGAUCUCGUGUUGUUGCUGUUCGUUUACCUUCUAUAACUCCUGCCAAACGCCCGAGUUCUGAUGACAUUGUUUCACCUCCUUCUAAACACCUUUGUGAAAAUUCUUUGAAACAAUCUCCAGUGUCUGCAACACCUGCAAAACGUCCAGCUGAAGAAGAGUGUAUUUCUUAUCGUCGUCUCAAAUCUCUCCGCUUUGAGUAUGAUGAUGUGGCUUUACUUGUUUUUACAGAUCCUAGUAGUUUUGAAGAAGCUAUGUCUAGUGAAGAAGCUGAGUUUUGGCUUGAAGCCUGUGUUAUUGAAAUGUCGUCUCUUAAACGCAAUGGUACUUGGGAAUUGGUUGAUCUCCCACCUGGUCGCAAGGCUAUCAAUAGCAAAUGGGUAUUUAAAGUUAAGCGCAAAGCUGACGGUUCAAUUGAACGUUACAAAGCUCGUCUCGUGUGUAUUGGAUUUUCGCAAGUUGAAGGUAUUGAUUAUACUGAAACUUUUGCUCCCGUUGUUCGUUACGAGACUGUAAGGAUUGUUCUUGCUAUUGCUGCUCAGUUUGGGUUCCAGGUUCAUCAUAUGGAUGUCGAGACUGCAUUUCUUAAUGGUGAUCUCAAAGAAGAUAUUUAUAUGAGACAACCUAAAGGCUUUGUUGUCAAAGGUCAGGAAUCUAAAGUGUGUCAUUUGAAGAAGUCUUUAUAUGGUUUAAAGCAAGCUCCUUUGUGUUGGAAUGAGAAGAUUCAUGGUGCUCUUGUCAAACUUGGGUUUAUUCGUAAUGAAAGUGACUACGGUGUGUAUACCAAAGGAUCUGGGUCUACCAUGGUCAUUAUUGCACUGUAUGUUGAUGAUUUACUUAUUUCUGGCAAUUCUUCUGAAGUCAUUGCCAAAACCAAGUCUUCUUUGUCAUCUAUGUUUAAGAUGAAAGACUUGGGCCCAGUCGAGCAGUUCCUUGGCAUGAGAGUUAAGCAGUCACCUUACCAUAUUACUGUGGAUGUUUCGCGUUAUAUUUUGAUAUGUUGGAAGAGUUUGUCUGACUCUGCUACCGAUGCCUCCAUGUAUCGCAGUAUUAUUGGUAAGCUGAUUUAUGCUGCUAAUUGUGCUCGUCCUGAUCUUGCUGUUGCUGUUAGUUUUCUUUGUCGAUAUAUGCAGAGUCCUAAGUCUAUUCAUAUGGAAGCUGCUAAGCAUACUCUUCGUUAUCUUAAGGGUACUGCUGAACUUGGUCUUGAAUAUCGAGCUCAGAAAGUCUACAAGCUUGUUGGCUAUAGUGAUGCCGACUAUGCUCAGGACAAGCAGGACCGUAAGUCCUUUACUGGGUAUGUUUUCAUUCUGUCUGGUGGUCCCAUUACUUGGGCCUGUCGAAAGCAAGUUAGUCCUGCAUCGUCCAGCGUCGAGUCUGAGUAUAUGUCAUUGUCUGAUGCGUCUAAGGAAUGCUUCUGGAUUAAUCAGUUGUUGUCUCUUUGCAAGAUUCCUGUUCCGUUGCCAGUGACUAUGUUUGAGGACAAUCAGGGAUGUAUUGCUUUGGCUCAGAACCCAGUGUUUCAUCGUCGUACCAAGCAUAUUGAUGUUCGUUAUCAUGUUGUGCGUCACUAUAUUCGCAGUGGAGUAAUUCAUCUGGAGUAUCUUGAUACUCAAGUGAUGUUGGCAGAUAUGUUCACUAAGAAUCUUGGUCGUGUGAAGUUUGAGACAUUAAGGGGACUACUUGGUAUGAAGGCAGUAGGUGAUUCUGCGACAAGGGGAGGUGUUGAGCAUGCAAUGUUGUCGCAGACUAGUGCAGUUGAUAAUGCACCUUUUUCUGCCACGUGUGAGGCAGUUUACUUCCGAGAUCUUUUGGAAGAACUUGGUGAAUCUCAACCAACGACUGUCAUCAUGGAGGACAACAAAGGUGUCCUGGAUCUCAUGAAGGACAGCAAACAUCACGAGCGGACUAAACAUAUUGAUACCAAGUACAUGCGCACCAGAGACCAUGUCAAAGCCGGCGAUACCCGUCUUGAAGCUGUUACUUCAGCAGAUAAUGUGGCAGACAUUUUUACCAAAGCUCUGGCUAAGCCGCAGUUUUUAUAUUUGAGGAAUCUUCUGGUCUUCUCCGCUAUGUCUAAUCACGGAAACACUACAGGAGUCAAUGAAGGACCCUCAUCCUUCGAGUCAGCCAGCACUGGAAGUUCUGUUGCCCACUCAACAUCUGAGACCCAUUCAAAGAACAACGCCAGCUCUUAUGAGACAUUCGCCGAUCUCCCUGUUCAUCGUCAAAUUGAUCUCGCUGACCGUUCUGGAUUUACCGUUAGACAAUUAACCAUUGCCAACAUACCAGUUUUCCUCCCCCAUCCCAAAAGGUUUUAUUAUCUUGACCAAGUAGAAUUUGCUUACAAUUCCGCACCACAGUCUACUAUUAAGACAUCUCCAUUUGUCGCUGAUCUUGGCUUUCUACCUCGCCAACCUGCAAUGAUCCGUCCACCAUCGGAUGCUCGUACACCCUCAAAUGUGGAAAGUCUACAAGUCAAACUGAAAGCUAUUCUGUUACGUACUCAAGAGUACAUGAGUUUCUCACAGUUGAGUCAACAACGACAAGCUGACAAGCAUCGUCGUCCUGUGGAAAUUAAAGUUGGUGAUUCUGUUCUUAUCCACCACACUAGUUUUCAGAGCCCUAGCAAUAGGAUGCUGCCACUUUUCGUCGGUCCAUACACCGCCGUUAAAGCAAUUGGGGGAGGAAAUGCGUUUGAAUUGGAUUUACCCACUACUGUUAAGAACAACCGUGUUUUUAAUGUUUCGAAAUUACGCAAAUAUGUCAAAUCUGAUGAAUACCCUGCUGAGAUUAGACCUACUGAGGAUUAUGUUAAGAAGAACUUGAACCGCAUUGCUAGCGUAGCCGCUAUGCAAAAUGGUCUUGUCUAUCUACAGUUAUGGGCCGCACUUCGGCUUAUAUUAAUCUUACUUCCUCUGAAAACUCCUCCUCUCAACUAUCAUGUCUGGGCUACCAAAAUUCUUUUGGGUCUUCGUGCUAUGAAUAAUGGUGUCCAUCUUUAUGUCGAAGCUGGUACUGUCAAUCCAGCUGCUAAUGAAUCCCUCGAAGACCUCACCGCCUCGCUUGAUACCGUCGUCCAUGAUGUCAUCCUCAACAAUAUUUCUCCUGAGUUGAUCGAACAUGUUAAUGAUGUGGCCAUUAGAGGCCGUGACCUCUGGCUUUAUCUUCAUCAGGAGUAUAGUCAACUUCAACCCGCCGAUGUCAUCUCUCUUAUGAAAUCCCUCUAUGCUGGCAAUAUUGAUGUUGGUCCAAAGUUUGUUUCUUCUGUUCGUUCUUAUGUUGCUACAUGGCGUUCCAUCUACCAAUCAUUGUCGCCUGAUUCGGUUGUGGCCUUCAACGCUUUGGCCUCAAUGGGUCCCAAUUGUGAGCGCUUCAUCCAGUACGCCUUGGAGCACCGCUUUGAUAGUAACAAUGCUGACAACCUUGAUAUCAACAACUUCAUCCGGAACACUGAUAAAUGGGCCAAGUUGUUGAAGAUUACUGGACCUCCAGCUACUCUUUCGACUGAAGCGUUCGUUGCUUCAUCAAAGAAGUACAAUAACAAAUCUAAGGGUGAUGGUAUUAAAUGUUUCCGUUGUAAGAGGCGUGGUCAUACUUCCAACAAUUGUCAUGUCUCUUGGGAAGAGGUUCAGGCUGCUCGCCAAGAUAAUAAGGAUGACAAGGAAUCUAAGGAGGCUAAAACCUCAAGAGGUUGGUUUGCUGAGACUAUUGAUGAAUUUUCUGAGAUAGUUGAUGAUGAUCCAUUUGUGAGUUCCGCUUUUGUGUCCGAGACAUCUGUUGUUUCUGAAAAGUUUGGUAACAGUUGCUCCGAGUCGUUUGAUGAUUUGGAAUCCGAACUUUUUGAUUCUUCUGAGCCGUGUGUCGGCGAUGAAGAUUGUUUUGUUGGUCAAGUUUCUGAGUAUUGUUCAAACUCAGAACUUGAUAUUGAUUCAGUUGGUAAACCGUUUGUUGGUUCCACUGAUGAUUCUUGUUUUAUUUCUGAACCGUAUGUCGGUUCUACUGUUGUUUGUUUGGAGUCUGAACCGUGUGUCAGUUCAGCUCCUAUUUGUUUUGAUUCUGAAUCGUUGGUCGAUUCGGAUAUUGUUCCUUUUGAUUCUGAACCGUUGGUCGGUUCUUCUUUUAUUUCUUGUUCUGAUUCUAAACCGUUGGUCGGUUCUGAUGAUGAUAUUGUCUUACCUUCUUUUGAUUUUUUGGUGGAUUCAAUUACUGAACCUUCUCCACUUAUUGUUAAACCAAUUGUUACACCAAAAUCCCGUUUUUCUCCAUUCUUUUACUUAUCUUUUGUUACCAUCAUGUUGUUUUCCUUGAUUUUAAUUGUCGUCUGGCAUCCUUCUUCAAUCUUGGAUUUAAGUCAUUCAUUGUUGGGUCUGAUUCUUUUGACUUUAUCCAUGAUACCGGUGCUACCAGUCACAUUUGCAAUAACAUCUCAUAUUUUUUCUUCUCUUCGUCCCACUUCGGCUACCAUUCGUGGUCUUGGUUCUGCUACUGCUGAGGGGGUUGGCGACAUUGUCGUUGAUCUUCUUGGUAAAGAUGACCAGCCUUGUGACCGCGUUGUUCUUCGAGAUGUUUUAUAUGUUCCUAAGAUUCCUCGCAAUUUAUUUGCUGCUCGUCGAGCUACUGCUGGUGGUUGUAGGUUCAUUCAAGACCUUAACCAUAUUUCUGCUGUUGAAAAUGGCAAAACUCGAGUCCACGCCAUUGCCAUGGGUGACUUGUACUUUUGUCGUUUCCGAGUUGUUUUGCCUUCCAAGCCAGUCCAUGAGGUGUUUGCUGUUGAGUCGUCUGCCAAUCUUUGGCACAAGCGACUUGGUCACGCCAGUGUGGACGUUCUCAAGAAAUUAUCUAAGUCACUUUCUGUCAAGCCUACUCAUUUUGAGGUUGUGGAUAGUCAUAAGUGUGACGCUUGCUUGGGUGGCAAAGCCACAGCAUUGCCAUUUAAUGGUACCACAGAAAAAGCUAGUCGUCCUUUGGAAUUAUUUGUUUCUGAUUUGAGCGGUCCUCAUGUCGCUACCCCUGUGGGUCAUCGUUAUGUCUUAACCAUUAUGGAUUAUUAUUCCAGGUACUCUUAUGUGGAGUUGUUGGUUAGGAAAAGUGAUGCAAGUCUUGCCAUUCGUAACUUUAUUGCUAGGUGUGAAUCUUAUUUUUCUGGUGAUUCUGCUGGUGAUCGAGUUGCAUAUUUUCAUUCUGAUAAUGGCGGCGAAUACAUUUCCAAAGACCUGGAGCAGUUCUUUGUGUCUAAGGGUAUCAAGCAUACUUAUACAGUUCCUCAUACUCCUCAACAAAAUGGUGUUGCUGAGCGAUUGAAUCGCACAUUAUUUGAGAAAGCCAAGUCUAUGCUUUUAUAUGCUCAUGCUCCUGAAUACUUAUGGGGUGAAGCUGUCAAGUCUGCUAAUUAUAUUAGGAACCGUCUUCCUAGUCGUACCACUGGUGGUGUUGCACCUCUUCAACUUUGGACUGGUAAACCUCCUAGUUAUCACCAUAUGAAAGUAUUUGGUUGUCAAGCUACAGUUGUUCUUCCUGGUGCUAAAAGAGAAUCUAAGUUAAGUUCAAAUACUGAAGCUGGUGUUUUUGUUGGGUAUUCUUUGGAUCGUACAGCUUAUCGAGUUCUUCUUGAUUCAAGCAUUGUUGAAGCCAGGAGUGUUUACUUUGAUGAGUCCAAGUUUCCAUUUAUGAAAAGUGAUAAGGACUUGUCUAUUAAUGGUACUGGUGUUGGGUUUAGUGUUGGUUCUGGUUCAGGGUCCAUGUCAGGACCUUGUUUUGAUUCUAAGGGGACUGGUUUAGGAUCUAAUGUUAGGGUUAAUUCUAUUGCUAGUUCUGAUUUAAGUUCUGGUUCUAGUUUUGGGUCUCAUAGAUCUUUACCAGCAUCCUCAUCUGGUUCUGGUUCUGGUUCUGGUUCUGGUUCUGGUUCUAUUUGUGCUUUACCGUCUCCGUCUCCGUCUUCUUCUCCGUCUCAUUCUCCGUCGCCGCCUCCUUCUUCUUCUUCUUCUAUUAUUGUUCAUAAGCCUCGUUCUGUUCGUCGCAUUUUGUCUACACCUUCUGCUCCUCUUGAGUCUCCUACUCUUCCUUCUAUUGCUUCAGUUCCAUCUCUUCCUAGUUCUCCUAUUCUUCCACCUUCAGAUCAUGAUGUCUCUAUCUCUCCUGACUCUAGUCCUAUUAUUUCUUCUUCGGAAUAUAUUCCUUCACAAUUAGACUUAUCUGAAGCUGGUCCAUCUAUUAAUGAAUCUGAUAUUUCAGGUGAUUCUGGGAUCUCGCAACGAGGGGGUGAUAUUGGGUUUCAACCGUCUAUCAUUGCUUCGUCUCCCAUUCCACCACCUUCUGUUGAAUUGGAAGUAGUGCCACUUAGUCAAGAAUCUCCUUCGUCUGAUCUUGUUAAUUCUCUUGACCAAGCUGGUGUUAGUGUUGUCACUAAGGAUGAUACUCAAGCUGUUUUGCCUAAAUCUCGAUCUCGUGUUGUUGCUGUUCGUUUACCUUCUAUAACUCCUGCCAAACGCCCGAGUUCUGAUGACAUUGUUUCACCUCCUUCUAAACACCUUUGUGAAAAUUCUUUGAAACAAUCUCCAGUGUCUGCAACACCUGCAAAACGUCCAGCUGAAGAAGAGUGUAUUUCUUAUCGUCGUCUCAAAUCUCUCCGCUUUGAGUAUGAUGAUGUGGCUUUACUUGUUUUUACAGAUCCUAGUAGUUUUGAAGAAGCUAUGUCUAGUGAAGAAGCUGAGUUUUGGCUUGAAGCCUGUGUUAUUGAAAUGUCGUCUCUUAAACGCAAUGGUACUUGGGAAUUGGUUGAUCUCCCACCUGGUCGCAAGGCUAUCAAUAGCAAAUGGGUGUUUAAAGUUAAGCGCAAAGCUGACGGUUCAAUUGAACGUUACAAAGCUCGUCUCGUGUGUAUUGGAUUUUCGCAAGUUGAAGGUAUUGAUUAUACUGAAACUUUUGCUCCUGUUGUUCGUUACGAGACUGUGAGGAUUGUUCUUGCUAUUGCUGCUCAGUUUGGGUUCCAGGUUCAUCAUAUGGAUGUCGAGACUGCAUUUCUUAAUGGUGAUCUCAAAGAAGAUAUUUAUAUGAGACAACCUAAAGGCUUUGUUGUCAAAGGUCAGGAAUCUAAAGUGUGUCAUUUGAAGAAGUCUUUGUAUGGUUUAAAGCAAGCUCCUUUGUGUUGGAAUGAGAAGAUUCAUGGUGCUCUUGUCAAACUUGGGUUUAUUCGUAAUGAAAGUGACUACGGCGUGUAUACCAAAGGAUCUGGGUCUACCAUGGUCAUUAUUGCACUGUAUGUUGAUGAUUUACUUAUUUCUGGCAAUUCUUCUGAAGUCAUUGCCAAAACCAAGUCUUCUUUGUCAUCUAUGUUUAAGAUGAAAGACUUGGGCCCAGUCGAGCAGUUCCUUGGCAUGAGAGUUAAGCAGUCACCUUACCAUAUUACUGUGGAUGUUUCGCGUUAUAUUUUUGAUAUGUUGGAAGAGUUUGGUAUGCAGAACUGUUCAAGUGUCAAGACUCCUUUACCCACUCGUGAUCUUUCUGAUUUUUCCGAGUCUGACUCUGCUACCGAUGCCUCCAUGUAUCGCAGUAUUAUUGGUAAGCUGAUUUAUGCUGCUAAUUGUGCUCGUCCUGAUCUUGCUGUUGCUGUUAGCUUUCUUUGUCGAUAUAUGCAGAGUCCUAAGUCUAUUCAUAUGGAAGCUGCUAAGCAUACUCUUCGUUAUCUUAAGGGUACUGCUGAACUUGGUCUUGAAUAUCGAGCUCAGAAAGUCUACAAGCUUGUUGGUUAUAGUGAUGCCGACUAUGCACAGGACAAGCAGGACCGUAAGUCAUUUACUGGGUAUGUUUUCAUUCUGUCUGGUGGUCCCAUUACUUGGGCUUGUCGAAAGCAAGUUAGUCCUGCAUCGUCCAGCGUCGAGUCUGAGUACAUGUCAUUGUCUGAUGCGUCUAAGGAAUGCUUCUGGAUUAAUCAGUUGUUGUCCCUUUGCAAGAUUCCUGUUCCGUUGCCAGUGACUAUGUUUGAGGACAAUCAGGGAUGUAUUGCUUUGGCUCAGAACCCAGUGUUUCAUCGUCGCACCAAGCAUAUUGAUGUUCGGUAUCAUGUUGUGCGUCACUAUAUUCGCAGUGGAGUGAUUCAUCUGGAGUAUCUUGAUACUCAAGUGAUGUUGGCAGAUAUGUUUACUAAGAAUCUUGGUCGUGUGAAGUUUGAGACAUUGAGGGGACUACUUGGUAUGAAGGCAGUAGGUGAUUCUGCGACAAGGGGAGGUGUUGAGCAUGCAAUGUUGUCGCAGACUAGUGCAGUUGAUAAUGCACGUGAGUUUGGGUGGGAAACUAUGGUUGACAAUCUAUGUUUAUUUUAG